AUGGCCGCCUCCCUCACCUCGCAGUUCGCCUCUACGUACCUGAAGCUACUUCAAGGCCACUCCCGCGAGACCAUCAGCCCCAAAGACAGCCUCGAUGACUUCUACGCUAAGCUCCUCUCCCUCACUGUCGAUCGCGUCGUGCUUGAAGCCGGGCUGACGCGGGUCUCGAAGGAGGCGUGCUUGACGCAGCUCAAACCCUUCUUCAAUGAGCUUUUCGCGUCGUGCUUGAAGUGGGCGAGGGAGGGUUCCCCCGAUGAUCCUCGGAAGACGAACGCUCUUCAGACGCUGUCUAUCAUGAUAAGAUGCGUGCUGGCGAAGAAUCUUAGUGGAUGGGAAGUGCUGGAGGUAUUCGGUGGGGGAGUCAAGGCGGAUGCUGUCUUCAUGCAAGGAAAAUACACGUACGUGCUCCUUUCAUGCUGUCUUUCUUCGACUGACGCAAGAUUUAUCGCAGCUGCUAUCCGACAUCAAGCCCUCCAAGUCGCGCUCACUUUCAUGUGCGGCAUAUCCCAGCUCAGCCCUGGCGCGUACUUUCUGCGUAUCGACCUCUUCCCUGCUAUCACCACCAUCAUCACUUCCCCCGAAACCGAGCAAUUCACUUUCGAAGCUGCCUUGCUGCUCGCCAUCCUAGCGAACUAUCACAAAUCGGACGCGGCAACUCUGAAUCCGUACAACCAGUCUUUCAGGAACACGAAGGAUAGGAAGUUGAUGGAGAAGAUCUGCUGGGCGAGCAACUAUGCGCUGAAUACGGCUAUCAAGGCUUACCAAGCCAUAUCGGACGAUGACACGACCGCGACCCUCACCAAUGCCUUUGGGUCCCUAGUGACGUCCUGGAGCCCAAAUCGCGCGUUCGCGUCGAAGCAAGUCGACGCGCCCCGUGAAUUGUUCAAGGAUCAACCCAUCGAAGGCAGCGUCAUCCUACUCCCGGUGUACGAAUUCCCGCGACAGAACUCAUUGUUCCUCGACGUCCUCCUCAAAGAUAUUCGGCCAGAAGAAGGAGAGAAAGCCAGCGCCUCAAGCCCCCUCCUUCUCACCGUGUUGUCAUUUGCAUCGUACGUUCUGACACACGCGACGUCUAUCGCCACCCUGCGAUCCUUGGGUUACGCCAAUCUCGUCAUGAACGUACUCCUGAAUAUCGCGGAGAACGAUAAGGCCGUGAAGGCGCUUUGCGAGCCGAGCUCGAUGGCGGUGCGACUCUGUCGUCAACGACAGCCUCUCCUACCCGCGCCGAAGGCCGGGCGAACUCCGUUAUGUGCUCUGCUCGACUGUUGUGUGCUAUGGUUGCGACAUAACCUGCAUAAGAGGAUAGAGGCCCAUAUGCCCGCACUCCAAAAUGCGGAAUCCGCCAAUUUCCUGAUGUGGAUAUGUCAUCGGAUAGUAUGGGAUCUGCAAGUAUGGCGAACGAGGCUGGAUUACCACUGGUCCGAGCUGUGGGCUGCAACGCUGGGCUUGCUGACGUUCUUGUCCACCAAACUUGGCGAUCUUGCCACUACGGGAGAAAUUGAGGCGUUGAUAUCAGAGGCAAGUGCCAGCUCUUCGUAUGGCCAAUUGAAAGCAUUGACCCUCCGGUUCUUGCCUACUCCAGAAGCGCUGCAUGUCUUCAUCUACGAGCUUGUGCGAUCGGCGGACUCGCUCAAGAAACAAGCACCCUUGCUCAAAGACUUGGCCUUGCCUCCAAGAACAAGCAGUCGACGACGAUCACUCAACACAGAGCUCACAGCCGCGGAGAAGCUCGCACGCAUCCUGAACUGCGUUGAGUUCUAUGCCACAAAGAUAUCCGAGGGACGCGCGCGGUCUGCCAACCAGGCGAUGAGGAUUGUGGCGCGGGAAGUGGACGCUGAUGGCUUGCAAGGCGUGGGAGACGGUGCUGAGCUCGAACCACCGUAUGUGUCCUUAUCUCUAUCGCUGCCGUAA